AUGGCCAUGAGCCCCGAGGAAGUCAUCGCUCUCCUGCAACGGGAGGGCAGCGGACUGUCCCCAGAUACUUACGACGAGACUAAGGAGCCUGCGGAUGCCCGCCCCAAGAGGAUUCAGUUGUUAUCUAGUGUACUAGAAACAUGCCAGCAAGCAUCCAAGCAGCCAGAGCCAGAUCUUGAGGCCGUUGCCAAGGCUCUGGGUGAUGGAAGCCGAGAUGUGGCCUGGAGAAUCCCAUAUGGCGAGUCUGGGAUACUCGAAUUCUUCCUCGACAUCAUCGCCUCUAGCGAACAACAGAAGCAUGGUGUCAAGGUCCAUGCUCUGCGCAUCAUUGGCAACUCUUGUGCGGACACCGACGAGAACCGUGCCCGAGUUGUCGAGGGAAAGUAUGUCGUCUCUAUCAUCAACCACCUACAAGACGAGAACCUAGUCCCGUACCUGAUUCCCGUUCUCUACAACGUCCUUGUUGACUAUGAACCCGCUCAGCUUCUAGCCUCGCAAUCACGACUCAGCAGCCACCUUAUUUCCCUCCUCAAAUCCCCCAGUAUCUCCAAGUUUAGCGCCAUCAUAACCUACUUCUGCAAGAUCCUCGCCCUCCUGGUAACCCAAGACGGCGAGCCUGCUAUCGCAGACCCCGACACAGUUGAAGUCCUCCUCAAGCUCUCUGCCAGCCCCCCCUUCAACGAUGACUUGGAGGACUUUAUGGGUCUUGUCUCUACCGCAGCGAGCUACCUUGCCAACGAGACCUUCCAGGAACACCUCCUCAAGGAACAGCGGAUGAACACAUUCAUGACUGCUUUUGAGUUGGCGCUCACCCAGUUCGACGGGCAGGUAGAAGAGCAGGGACUAGACAAGGAGCUGAGCCAGUUGUGUGUUUCGUUGCUUACAACGCUGGCUGAUCUGACAGCUGCCGAUGCCUUCCCUCAAUACUAUCCCCUCGACAGCUCUGUCCCUCAGAAGCUCCUCAGCUGGCUCAAGGGGACAAACCCAAGUCUCCAGUCGGCAGGUUGUCUUGCUUUGGGAAACCUCUCUCGUUCCGAUGAUACAUCUUUGGCUCUUGUUCAGACCCACCAGGCUCAUCGUCCCCUCAUCGAUGUUCUCUCUGAUGCUUCCGUCAAGGACGCUCAGCACCUCCACUCGGCGCUCUCAUUUCUCAAGAAUCUCGCCAUCCCGGCCCAGAACAAACCCCUGCUCGGCGAUGCCCUGGAGCCGGCAAGUGUCCCACGGAUACUGACCAUCGACACUCUUCCUCAGGUUCAGUUUUCUGCCAUCUCGCUGGUUCGCAUGCUUCUCGUCAACUGCGCCCCUAACGUCCGCCGAAUUUGUGAGCCUCGAGCUGGAGAGUCGUCGAAUCAGCACACGAGUCUUCAUGAUAUACUCUUGGUGUUUGACCGAAGUGAUACCGAGCCAACGAAACUUGAAGCUGCCCGUAGCGUCGCUGCUAUUUGCCGCGUGCUCCAUACGACACCUGCUCUCGAGGCACUUCCCGCAUGGAAGACAGAGGAGGGCUCCGCCGACACCAGUGAAACCCAGGCAAGGAGUCUGUUUUACGCCAAGCAUGACUUGUCCAAGGCGCUUGCUUUCCUCAUCACUCAGGAGAAAUGGCCCAUCCUCAGAUCUGAGGCAUGGUUCGUCUUUGCCCUCAUCUCCAGAACCAAGGAGGGCGCCAAGGUUGUUAGCAGCGUCCUCUCUGUUCCUGGAGCGACAGAUGCUCUCAGCUAUGCAGUCACAGGCAAAGCGGCCACAGACAACGAGCAGAAGGCUAUUGAAGAGGCCGAGUCUGAUGCUCCUCUGGUUGUCCCUGAAGGACUAGGCCUUCAACCUCAGCAAGUCGACCCUAAGCAAAAGGCUAAUAUGACCAAGGUGGAUAGAGAGAAUUGCUUGGUGCUGUGCACCGAAGUUAUUAAGAAUGGGCAAGACAUUGAGUCAACGCAGCAGGGCUUGUUGCAGGACUUGGUUCGACAGGGCACACAGCUACUCACACCCGAGACAGAAGAGUAA